CCUCAGGUCAUCCGUUACCGGCUCCUCUAGACUCCGCCCACCCACCCCACCUCUGCAGCUGUCAUGGCGGCCUGGCGGUUAAGUUCGUGCGCUCGCAUCCUUUCGGCAAUUCGAGGGCUCCAGGCUGCCGGACUCCGCUGGAAGUCCAGCUCCUCCAGGGCUGUGAUCGCCCGGUCCAAAAAGAAGGAAGAACUGGCCGUGCAGUGGAUGGAGGACCCAGAUCCCGAGGACGACAACGUGUACUUGAAGAACCCAGACUUCCACGGUUACCACGACGACCCGAAGGUGGAUGCCCUGAAUAUGCAAACCGUCUUCUUCUUUGGUUUUUCCAUCGCCCUGGUCCUUGGCACUACGUUUGUGGCUUAUGUACCCAACUAUAAGAUGAUGGAGUGGGCCCGCCAGGAAGCUGCGAUGCUGGUGAAACACCGGGAAACCCACGGCCUCCCCAUCAUGGAAUCCAACUAUUUCGACCCCACCAAGAUCAACCUCCUGGAGGACGACUGAGGCGGGUAUGCAUC